AGUGAAGGCGAGAGAGACCAGAGGGCGGGGAAGGGAGAACUCGCUGUUGAGAUACGAACUUUGUGGGGGAAUGGCGAUUUCUGCAAAUGGGUGCCUCUCAAAAACUCCUCUCAUGCCACAAAGCCCCAAAAUCCGGCCUAAGUCCGUCGUUUCCGUCCGGGCCGUGCGGUCGACUGAACCAUUGAAGCCCGGGACGGCUGAUCUGGGAGGGAAUAAGGGCGGGAAUUGGACGAUCGAUAGCUGGAAGUUGAAGAAGGCACUCCAGAUUCCGCAGUACCCCAACAAACAAGAGCUCGAGGAGGUUCUCAGCCGCAUCGAGAGCUUUCCCCCCCUCGUCUUCGCUGGCGAGGCGAGGAAGCUUGAGGAGCGCCUCGCGGAAGCGGCCGUCGGGAGGGCGUUCCUGCUUCAGGGAGGUGAUUGUGCCGAGAGCUUCAAAGAGUUUAAUGCCGAUAACAUCCGGGACACCUUCCGGGUUCUCCUUCAGAUGGGGGUCGUCCUCAUGUUCGGAGGCCAGAUGCCCGUCAUCAAGGUGGGACGAAUGGCUGGUCAAUUUGCCAAGCCCAGAUCAGAGCCCACCGAGACUAAGGACGGGGUGACGCUUCCUAGUUACCAGGGAGAUAACAUCAAUGCUGAUGCCUUCGAUGAGAAAUCUAGAAUCCCAGAUCCUCAGAGGUUGAUCAGUGCCUAUACCCAGUCUGCAGCUACCGUGAAUCUUCUUCGUGCUUUUGCUACUGGAGGAUAUGCUGCUAUGCAGAGAGUCACCCAGUGGAACUUGGAUUUCACUCAACAUAGUGAACAAGGCGAGAGGUUUAUGGAGCUUGCCCAGAGAGUGGAUGAAGCUUUGGGAUUUAUGGCGGCUGCUGGUCUGACCAUGGAUCACCCCAUAAUGACAACCACCGAGUUCUGGACUUCCCAUGAGUGUCUUCACCUCCCCUAUGAGCAAUCCUUAACAAGACUGGAUUCCACAUCCGGACUUUUCUAUGAUUGUUCUGCUCACUUCGUUUGGGUAGGGGAGAGGACAAGACAGUUAGAUGGCGCUCAUGUAGAGUUUCUACGGGGUAUUGCCAAUCCUCUUGGUAUAAAGGUAAGUGAUAAAAUGGAUCCUAAGGAGCUUGUGAGACUCUGUGAGAUCCUAAACCCUCAUAACAAGCCUGGGAGGCUUACCAUAAUCACUCGGAUGGGAGCAGAAAAUAUGCGUGUCAAGCUGCCACACCUGAUCAGGGCCAUGCGUCAGGCAGGGCUCAUCGUGACCUGGGUCAGUGAUCCAAUGCAUGGAAACACAAUUAAGGCGCCAUGUGGCUUGAAAACACGUUCCUUUGAUGCAAUCAGAUCUGAACUUAGAGCUUUCUUUGACGUGCAUCAGCAAGAGGGUAGUUAUCCAGGAGGAGUGCAUUUGGAAAUGACCGGGCAGAAUGUCACUGAGUGCAUUGGAGGAUCAAAAACAAUUACUUAUGAUGACUUGAAUUCCAGAUACCACAGCCACUGUGAUCCUAGGCUUAAUGCUUCUCAGUCUCUAGAACUGGCGUUUGCAAUUGCUGAGAGGUUGAGGAAAAGAAGGAUCAAGGCUGGCAUGUCUCUUUUCAAAUAGACAGAUUCUUCUCUCCUUGAUGCUAAAGAGAUGUUUGGUUUUCUGACUUUCCAUCCUUUUUGUCGCUGUAGUGGCAUUGUAAUAUGAGAAAAUAAGCCUAUGAUGUCUUAUUGGGUUUGGGACUACAGGUAGACUCCAUCCUCUGUUUAAACAUUUGAUCGUACUUACUAUGCA